CCAUUUGUGGAUGCAGAGCAUGAGAUUCACCAAUUUUUCCUACCUCCAGUCUAUGCCGUUACUAUUCCAGUCUGUGCAGGGAUAGUAGUUCUUGGAAUUCUGUGUGCUUUCACUACUGUUGUGUUGCUCAAAGGAAGAGCAGAGCAGAAUAAGAAGACAAAUUAGGAGUUCCCUGCAUAUAUGCUCAAGUAAAUAUUUAGCUGGCGUUAUUCACACAGUCGGAUUGUAUAACACACCUCCGUGUUGUGAAACGAAGUGAAACAAUAAUGGCUUGCCAGGGUAAUAAACUGUGGAGUCAGAGGAGCUUCAGCGAUGAGUCUGCAACGAAAGUGAUAGCCAUUGCUCAGGACCUGGGUUUCCCUGCGCCAGAAACACGCUCCGGCAGCCCUUGUAAGCGAACAGACGACGCGACCCAUCCCACAACAGAACUGCUCACAAUUCUCGAGGCCCUGAGCGCGAACAGGCUGCGCCUGCGGAUGCUCGCAGCCGACAACGAGAAGCGACGCGUUGACCGCGCGACCUCCGACCUCACGCGCGUCGACCUGCAGGAGCAGCGCGUCGCCGAUGUGCAGGAGCUGUGCUGCCACCUGGAGGCAGCGAUUGCUCGGAGCGCAGACGUCGUCGAGCGUCUGCGCUCGCCGUGCGUGGCCCCGCACGUCAACGUGCAUCGCAGUGAGCAGCGCGAUGUCUGUCGGCUACUGCCGCUCGUUGCCGACGUCAUUGCCGACCUCGAUGGCAGCGGCGGCGGCGAGCACGACGUCGUCGGCCUGCAGGCAGACGCCGGCGACAUCGUUCAGGCGUUUGAUGGUCUUGAACCGGACGUCGGAGCCGCGUACGCACGCAUGCGCUCGUCGCUGCUGUCGGUGCUGAGGCUUAGAGACAUCAUCGAACAGGAGUGUAAAGGACAAGGAGCCGGGGAUGAAAAUUUGUAGCUGUGGGAGGGUAGCUGCAGAUAAUUGGGAAGUGUAGGAGCAGACAAUGGGCGAAGGGUAGAGGCAGACAAUAAGGAAAUGGUGGAUAGAGACAACUGGGGGUGGGGGGAUUCUUAGCUAAAGAUAAAUGGCGGACGUUCAAGUGCUGAUCAAGAAUGUUCUAUUACUCAUAUCUUCCUCACUACAUUAUUAAGGCGGAUAUGCAUAUGAUUUUUGACUGUUGGGUAGAAUUGUGAAACUGCACAUGUGUACUACAUGUACUACAUGUAGUUCCUGGAGAUUUUUCUGGUAUACCAAUUCUGCCAAUUCACCAGGGGUGAGUAAUGACAAAUAUUUGUCAUUAUUCACGAUUCAUUAUUCAUGACAAAUAUUUGUCAUUAAUCACCCCUGAUUAUUACCAAACGUAACACAUGAUGGGACCAGGGUGCAACCGGCAUUGUUCACAGUAUAAAUGUUAAACUUUUCACAUGUCAUAUUUGUGUUCCUGAUGGUUUUCUAAUAAAGUUCCUGUCUUGACAACAGCAAAAAUGUGAA